UGGAGUAGCUCUAGCCGGCAGGCCCAGGCCUCACCGGCGCACUCUUCGCGUGAGUGAGGUGGCACCGCAGCGGCAGCGCAGUCCUUUCCUUGGCUCUGGGCUCGGAAAACCUGGUUGGGCCCUCGGUGGUCUCCUAGCACUGGGACACAGCAGAGCUGCACCCAAGUUCCUCUGCGGCAUCCAUAGAGGAGAGAUCUGAGGGCCGAAGAGCUGCUCCGGAAGGUCUGAGUGAGCCCUGCGCUGCUCAGCGUCCCUAGAGCUGCGGGCUGCGGGCGGCGGGGUGUGCAGGGACCCCAGGACCCUCAUCACUCCCAGCACACAGGGAAGCUUGCGGUGGAUGGAGCCCUGCAGCCCCGCGCCUGCUCUUCUUCAGGUCUGGGAGGCAGCAGCGACACCAAGGCUAAGGCAUGAAGGUGGCUAUGUUGGACCUGGGGUCUCUCUUUGCCAAAAUCUUCAAGACCUCAGCCUCGUCCCCCACGGUCCCCAGCAACCCUCCCCCGGGUGGCGCAGCGGCCUCGGGGUCGGCGGGCAGCUCUCUUAGCAUGGCCGCGACCCUCUUCCCAUCCUUGGCAUCCGACGCCUCUCGAGGGCCGCCCACCCCACUACACCCCAAGGUCUCCAGCCGCGCGGCCAAGGCUGUAGGGUCCCUCUUAUUAUCCGGGAGUCCCAAAGCCACCAAAGCCCAGCUGCUGCCCCAUUCCAGUGGCGGCUCUCAGGCCACGCUGGUGGCGCUGGCGCGGCCGUCCACAGGCCCUGGCGGGGUCUGGGCGACGCUGCGGUCAGUGGUCGGCCCCGCGGGCAGCGGAGACAGCAGGGUGACCGUGAGUCCACGGAAUUCUCGCCCGCCGCCGGGUCCUAAAGAGAGAGUGCCUGGAACGUGGACAGUCCCCGGGCCUGUCUCCAAAACCCCGUUCUUCAUCUUGCCCGACAUUGGUGAAGAGGGGACCUCGGACAGCAGGAAAGGAAGAGGACUGUCAGAAGGAUCGAGAAAGCAUAGUUUUCCUGUGAAAAGCAAAGAUCCUCUACCUACAAACUUUACAAGAAAUGUACAGAAAGCCAUUGAUACAUAUGCCUGCGAAUCCUCAUCAUCUUUGUCAUCCAGUGGGAGCCCCAAUCCCAUCAAUGCCCACAACUCGUGGCCUUCCACACAGAGUACUACCCCUGACUUUUCUACAGAAAGGAGCUCAAUUUCUUCUUGGAGAGAUGAUGAAUUUGACAAAGCAAAUUCCCAGAAGGUACAACAAUUAUUUUGGGAAGUUGAGGAACUGCUAUUUGAAGGGAAAGUGAGCCAUCAGACCCAGAACCUAUUGGCUGAGUGCAGUGAGUGGGCAACAAGAUCCCUCCAUCUAAGGGUAGUAGGAAGACAGCUCAUCCCACCAACUGAUGAAGGUAUCCAACACUUCCAAGGGACUGUGCCUAGUUCUGCUCACCACAAUUCCCUACCUCCUGUUCCUGGCCCUAACACCAGUACCAGAGAGUUGUACAUCUCUGGCUCUCAUAUAGUCCCCGAAGCACGAUCAGCUUCUAUCUUGCCAGGCCCGUUUGGCAUAGGGAUGGCUGACAGCACAUGUUUGUCCCUAGAAGAAGAGGUGUACCAUGUGGAUGGAAACGUUGAAGAAUAUUUUGCUUUUGACAGAAAGGAGGAUGGUGAUGACCAUCUUGAACAAAACCCAACCCACCAUGGCAAGAGGUGGCAUAAAUAUGGACUUCCUCCCAUUUCCCCUCAUGACUGUAUCAGAGAUGCUGUGGCAGCAGAAGUGUUUGACCAUGUCUGGACCAUUGUGAUAGAAGCCCUGGAUGAACUCACCAGGAAAACCUGGAGAUCUGCACUCACAGGAAAAAAACAGAAAGAAAAAUUAAAACUAGCUGAGACUAGAUCUCCACAUGUACUUGUUUCCCGUCUCAGCACUGCUAUUUCCAGUGUACCCCCAUCCAGAAGUUCUGAAGCUCAUAGUGUGUCCCUGGCUUCUCACCUUAACCCUCCACAGGUCCAUCGCUUCUCCAACAAUUUCUAUACUGACUUGAAUGGUGUGAUGACAAUUCAAGCCAAACCACUUCAACAGAGGCCCAUCUAUUUUACAGACAAAACCCAGAAUGAACAUGAUGACAAACUACCUGGUGUAGGAGCCAGUACAUUUUCUUCAGCUCCGCACCGCCUGGGACGCAUCUCAGAUUCCCGGGGACAGCAGACUUCUGCCAAGAAAACACCUGUGCAUCGGAGGCUGCCUUCUCUUGCUUCAGAUUCCCAGAGACUAAAAAACCCUAACAUAUGCAGUGACGAAAUCCUGAAGGGAACAAAACUGCAAACUGGCAUCGACCAUGUUUCUUCCCCAGUCCUUCAAACUGCCCGAAGCAGGUUACCUCCAAUACGUUCAGAGGCUGGGGAGCAGCACACAACAGUUUCUGGAUCAUACCCUGUUUCUUACAGAGGAAGACACCUGCAGAACCCUGUCUUGAGUGCAGUGCCCCACAGCAUGGAACGAUCAUCUCUUCAAGAAACAACCAUUACUCUGGAACAGCUUUCAAGUCCCAGCACGAUUCAUACAUUCCAGGCGGAUAUGCCUCAGAGAAGUUCAUUGACACCGAUUGAAUUUUCUGCUCACACAUGGACAGGUCAAAGUAUUUCGACAGGUUCACAAUGUCUGCCUAAAUCUUUUCAAAGGACAACUUUAACUUCAAAAAAGAGGUUCCAAGUGGCAUCUUGACAUUACUGCACCAGAAUUAAGGACCUCCUGGAGAAUUUGAAGAUUUGGCACAUUAAGACUCUGUAUACUAGCACUUGAAAAGUUGAAGGACUAGUAUUACCCUAUAUAUUUUUAUUUCUCUGACUUCCUGAGAUGUUAGACUACUUGAGGAAAAUGAAAACAAACUUGAUUUGAACAUUU